AUGGUGUUUUGCAAAGAAGACAACAGGGCACUAUUACAAGCCCUAAAAAAUCUUGUUCAAAGUGAUCGAGAAGCUGGAGAGUAUGUUCCGCCAAAUUUCGACAGCAUACUACAAAGUUUGGAUGAGAUGUCUGCUGAAAUCGAUGACCUGGUCGUUCCCAAUUUGUCGGCAGACAUUCGGACUACAUACAGUCCUGGCCGUGAAGAAUUUGAGAUCUUACAAGCGUACAACUCUUUGAUUAAGGCUGGAGGCAGGCCGAUAUGCCCGCUUAGUGAGACAGCAUCCAUAUCUAAACACCCCAGAAAGCACCUUGAACUCCUGGGCCCAUGGGUCAAGGCCCCCUUGGUCGACUUGGCGAUAGAUUGGAAAGGCAUCUUUGAGAAACAACUUUCUAAUUGGCAACACUUUAAGGCUUGGCAGCAAUCCAACAGGAAAUUGGAGGCUUUGCCGGAUACAGAUACACCAGAGACAUUGCUACAAGCCGCCAGCGAUGGAGCAAAUCGCCCCCUAUCCAGUAGUCGCUACAGCUCGGGAUCUAAAAAGUUUGAAGCGCAUUUAGCCAUGGCCAGAAGACGGCUCAAUCACUGCGGUUUUACUAAAUGUUUCACAUUCGACAUGGACUUGGGAAGACAGGACGAGUGGACAACUUGGAUCGAGUAUUUAAGUUUCGAGUGCUAUUGUUGCGAUGCCCAUUCUCGUUCACACUUCAAACCCACUUCAGUUAAUGAUCUAGAGUCUGCAAUUAGCAUAGAUCAUGUUUCCUCUCUGGUUGAAAAGGAGCACACGAGCAGGCACUAUGGGAUUGACUGUUAUUCUCGUGAUGGCACGUCGACCCCUCAUCAUGCUAGCAACUGUGACAGCCCGAUGAAUUCACCACAAGAGGCUCAAUACGACACCCACGCAUCUAGGAAGGACGAAUAUGGAGCAGAUGAGGGUGCAAUUUCGAAAGUGGAUGGUAUCAGACCUUGGUUAGGCGGGUUGAUUUCCUCGGGUGGUGGUGUAACGUACGAUGGAACGGAGACGGCUGAUGGAGAACCCAAUGAAACGAAUCAUCACAGCCUCAUCCUACGAUGGGCUCUACUUCAAGAGCCUCAAAUUGCUGCCAAGUCUGCUACGAGUCAAGGACGCAUCAGUGCUACUGGAAAACCCUGGCCAACUACUAACAGUCCGCGACGAAAGCGACAUUGGGAUGGUUCUCUUUGUAGCAAGAGGUCUGGUGUUUUCCAAAGCGCUAGGUCUCUCCUUACCAUCAAGAAAUUGACCAGCUCUCUACUAGUGUCGGCAUCAAUGGUCCCAAGCCGCGGAAUCUUAGUCUGCCGCCCAGCGGAAUGGGCCAAACACGCGCGCACAAUCCUUGCCUGGCCGUCCCCCAAAGCUGCCCCCUACAAAGAAGACCGCGCAGCCCUACGCCGCGCCACAGACGAUGUGAGCUCCAUCGCAGAGGCCGUUGCUCGUUUCGAGCCCGUGUCCAUCCUAGUCGAUCGUGAGUGUCUACCACAGGCCGAGAAGCGGUUUCGUUCAACGCACGGCCAUGGGAUACAUAUCCAUCCCCUGGCCAGAGGCGGACUAGACGUGUGGAUGCGAGACAUGGCGCCAACUUUUACAAUCGAGACAAACAAUACAAGUAGAAAAAGAGAGCUACGCGGCGUGGCAUUCAACUUCAACGGGUGGGGGAAUAGAUUCAACUCGGAGGCGUGCAGCAGUUUCGCAAAGGAGUACCUCGCCGACGCGGGAAUCCGACCGCUCUUGUCGUGCAUCACAGCCGAGGGCGGCGCUCUGGAGAUUGACGGCGAGGGGACCCUCCUGGCCAGCGAGAGCUCCCUCGUCAACGACAACAGGAAUCCGGGCCGGACCAAGUCUCAGAUCGAGGCCGAGCUCAGCCGCACACUGGGCGUAACAAAGUUCAUAUGGAUACCGGGCCUUAAAGACGGGGACUCGACGGAUUUCCACGUCGACGCCUACGCGCGCUUCGCUCGCCCGGGCGUAGUUGUCGUAUCGGCGCCUAGCGAGACUGAAGAGGCGAGCCGGUGGACGGAUGCGUACGCCGAGGCCCGCGAGGUGCUGGCUUCCGCGACGGACGCCAAGGGGCGGAAGUUGGAAAUCGUGGAGAUGCAGGAGCCGAGGGUGGAAAAAGUCGUGCCGGGGGAGUAUUUAGCCGCUGUCAAGCACGAGUGCGGGCACAGGCCGGUGCACAGCUAUGUCAACUUCUUGAUUGUGAAUGGCGGUGUGGUGUUGCCCCAGUUUGGGGACGGGAUGACGGACAAGAGGGCGGCGAAGACGGCGAGGAGGGUAUUUGGGAAAGAGAGGGAGGUGGUUCCCGUUUUGAUUCGCGAGUUGCCGCUUCUGGGGGGUGGGAUUCAUUGCUCUUCCCAGGAGGUGCCGUGUGUAGAUGGCGGUUCCGUUUGA